AUGAUAUUUCAAACCUUACUGCUGUUCUUACUCGCUGGCCAGGCCUGGGCCCAGUUGUUGACCAUACGGAUUCCUGUGUGGAGUUUUGGGAAUUUGUUCUCGCAACCUACGGGUACAGGAUCCAACGCUGCCGCUGGGUCAAGCAACGAGAACGACCAAGCGAACGCAGAUAACGAAUAUCUGAGCAACUAUUAUAACAACUACUGGAACGGCUUUUACCAGAAUCAAGCGGAGUUCAACAACAUCCACAGCGAUUCCACAUACAGAUUCCACAACGCUGGCAUAUUCAACGACAUCUACAGCGAUUCCACCAACAGAUUCCACCACAUUUGGAAGUUCAACAACAUCGACAGCGAUUCCACCAACAGAUUCCACGACGCUGGCAGAUUCAACGACAUCUACAGCGAUUCCACCAACAGAUUCAACCACAUUUGGAAGUUCAACAACAUCCACAGCGAUUCCACAAACAGAUUCUACGACGCUGGCAGAUUCUACGACAUCUACAGCGAUUCCACCAACAGCUCAACAACAUCCACAGCGAUUCCACCAACAGAUUCCACGACGCUGGCAGAUUCAACGACAUCUACAGCGAUUCCACCAACAGAUUCAACCACAUUUGGAAGUUCAACAACAUCCACAGCGAUUCCACAAACAGAUUCUACGACGCUGGCAGAUUCUACGACAUCUACAGCGAUUCCACCAACAGAUUCCACGACGCUGGCAGAUUCAACGACAUCUACAGCGAUUCCACCAACAGAUUCAACCACAUUUGGAAGUUCAACAACAUCCACAGCGAUUCCACAAACAGAUUCUACGACGCUGGCAGAUUCUACGACAUCUACAGCGAUUCCACCAACAGGUUCCACCACAUUUGGAAGUUCAACAACAUCCACAGCGAUUCCACCUACAGAUUCCACCACAUUUGGAAGCUCAACAACAUCCACAGCGAUUCCACCAACAGAUUCCACGACGCUGGCAGAUUCAACGACAUCUACAGCGAUUCCACCAACAGAUUCAACCACAUUUGGAAGUUCAACAACAUCCACAGCGAUUCCACCAACAGAUUCCACGACGCUGGCAGAUUCUACGACAUCUACAGCGAUUCCACCAACAGAUUCCACCACAAUAGGAAGUUUAACAACGUCUACAGCGUUGCCUAAUACUGGAAGCACCGCAGAUGAUGUAGAACCAACAACUGAAUCCUCCCUUUGCAUAACCUUUCCUCAUCUUCCGGUGUGCCAAGGAACAAAAACUGUUCACCUGGAAGGUGGUAAUAUUGGAUCGGGUAUUGCUGAGUUGAAGCCGGAUCAGCAUUUGUCGAUCAUAUCGGAGCCUCACUCUGUGACUUCGCUGUGUUUUUACUAUCCCCGUCUGUGCAUGAAGCCAGAACAGGCGCAGUUCGUGCGAUUGUCGGAUGGGACUGGAAAGCCACUCUUGCUAAUAUCAUCCAUCAUCGAAGGACGACCAUCUUCCCAGGAUCAUCCAACAUUAUCCGCUGCCGCCUCUUCCUCGUCCACUGCCUCAGCGGCCUUUGCGACCACUGAGGCCCCUUCGACCGGAUCGGCCAAGGCCCAAACCAACUCGAAGGCCUACUAG